UGUACAUAAUUGCUCUUUGAUUAAACUUCAUUUAAGUUAACAUUAAGAGCAUUGCGCUCCGCUGUUGUUAGAAUUUUUGAUGAAAUAUGUAGAAUCAUUGAACCAACCAUCUGUAACGACGUGGGGAGAAUGGAAUGACAAUAUUGCGCAGUUUCAUUUUCCAAAGGAGGUUUGUCAAAUCAAGAUCACUAAACUUGAGUCCGCGUGUUCUGCACCCAAAUAAGAAAAUAAAAGAAGAAAGUCCAUAUUUUAAGAUUAUUAAGGACAUCAUUCAACAAUCUACCUAUCUUGGAGUACAAGUCGCCAAAAUCGAUGGGCGUUUCAGCGAAUUGCCACCGGAAAUGACGGAAAUUAAAUCGAGUGUAGCAAUACAAAUGGACACGGCAAUAGAAUUACGGAGUAAAAUUGAUGAGGUAGAAGCAAAUGGUAACCGUCAAAUUCAGUUUUUGCGCGGUCGCAUUUCGUCAUUAGAAGCUGAGACUACAAAGCUUAAAUCGUCAAAUGAAUUAUUAGAAGAAAAGGUAAAAUCAUUGGAAGAUAAAAAUACGAAGCUUGAGGCAAAGGUGAAAUCUUUGGAAAAUGAAAAUACGAGGAAAUAUGGUGAAAAAGAAAAAGAGAAGGAGUGGUGGGAAAGUUGGAGGCAGGAAGUGGAAAACAUGAUAAAAGGGGCGAAUUAAGUAAUAGUUUCGAAAUACAAGUCAGAUCUAAUGUCCUUUUACACUUAAUAAACUGCUUACUGUAGCUAUACAUUUAAUUUAUAAUGUCAACGAAAUGUUUUUAAUCAACUCAAAAAAUUUUGACAAAAAGAUUGUCAUAAAUCCCGAUCAUACACAAUAAAUUUUAAAAAUGUAACAAAGCAGAGACAAAACUUCAUUAUGCAACAUCAUUACCACUAUUACAAAAUAAAGAGUAAGUAAUUGAUAAACUAAAAAACUUCUUAAAUGCAUUACAUGUAAUAAUAGAGCGGAAAAAAUGAUAACACUGUAAAGCACGUAAAGAUUAAACUUGCCUAUUAAUAAAAUGUUUUGCUGAUGCAAA